CGGCGCUGCAGCGGGAGGCCGGGGGAGGGAGUUGGCGCCAGUGGCGGCCCGAUGCCGGGGGACAGCAGGCGGGUGCGGGGCCCGGAGGAGUCGCAGCCGCCGCUGCUGUUCGCGCGGGCGGACGCGGAGCCGGCGGCGGGGCCGGCGCUGCCGCGGGUCGACGGGCGGGCGGCGGCCGAGCCGAGGCCGGUGUUUGCCCGGGCCGGGCUGGUGAGCCAGGCGGACGGCUCGGUGUACGCCGAGUGCGGCCGCACCAAGCUGCUGUGCGCCGUGUACGGGCCGCGGGAGGCCGAGCGCCGGGAGGAGCGGCGGCGGGGCGGCGCGGCCCUGGGCUGCGAGUUCAGAUUUGCCCCAUUCUCCUGUAAGAAAAGAGCUGCUUGGAUUCAGGGCAACCUGGAGAAGGAGUACUCCUCGAUCAUGGAGCAGAGUUUGCAGCCUGCCAUCUGCCUCCAUAAGUAUCCCAGGUCCCAAAUUGAGGUGUACGUAAUGGUUCUGGAGAAUGAUGGCUCCACCCUGGCAGCUGCUCUGACUUGUGCCUCCAUGGCACUGGCAGAAGCAGGCAUUGAGAUGUUCGACGUAGUCGUGGGCUGCUCCCUGAGGCAGUGCGGCGCCACCUCCCUCUUAGACCCGACUGCAGUUGAGGAGUUCAACGCAGCCAGCUCCAAGGGUGUAGAUCACGGCAGUAUGACUGUGGCAUUGCUUCCCACUCUUAACCAGAUCUCAGGGCUGGUGUCGAAGGGAGAGUGGGAGGAGCAGACAUCGGUGGAAGCAAUCAAGGCUUGUGUCGAAGGUUGCCAGAAACUCUACUCCGUGGUUCAGCAGUGUCUAACCAGAUCAGUUAAGAGGAAGAUCCCACAAUUUGUCAAUAAGGCUUAGAUGAACUCUUACUCCAGGACAUUCCAGUAAAUAUUUUUCUUAAUGUGACAAUUUAUAAGUUUUUUACCAGUAUUUGCUAAAUUUAGAUGAUUCAAAUUAUAAAAUAUACCUUGUUAAAAUGAUUAACUGUUGGAUUGAACAUUAGAGUCGCAGGAUUGAUCUGCAGCAUAAGACAAGUUGCUGGAGAAACUCAGCAGAUCAGGCAGCAUCUGUGGAGGCAGAGAGAUAGUUGACGUUUCAGGUCGGAACUGGUGCAGGCUCCUGACCCGAAACAUCAACCGUCCCUCUGCCUCCACAGAUGUUGCAUGGUCCAGUGAAUUCCUCCAACAGUUUGUGUUUUUUUUACUCCAGCAUCUGCAGUCUCUUGUGUCUCGAUCUGCAUCAUGCUGGGUUAGUUAAUCACUGGAGAUGAAGUAACAGGGUCACUUAGCUCAGCUGCAGUUUUACCUGCAGUCUUGGCUCACAUUCCAAUAAGUUGAAAUGGAGAGAAUACUUGCAAAAGAGAUUAUAAAAUAAUUUGCAAGCUGUUCUUCAGCAGAUAAUGUUACUUCAUUGCCAGAUUUCCCAACUGAGAAAUCAGGCGGUGCUGAAUGUCUGGGAUCUGCUGGCUAAGACAGGUCGGAUGAAUAUCUUCAAUGUGUCCCUGGUUUGCUUCCACCAUAUAGUUUAAGUCUAAACAAAGCCAUCCUGUUCUAUUCAGAGAUUUUGAAUUGAAAGAGAAUGUUGUCUUGUAGCAAGAGGAGAAUGUCUGCUGACUAUGAGUUAAUUGAACUGGAUCAGCCUCGAGGUUGUAAAAGAAAAAGAAAAUUGUUCUGAAGUCAAAUUUGAUUCUAGGCCACGAUAGCAGCUGGAGUGAGUGUGACUCUUCUCCCUGCUGUAGUAACAGGGGCUAAAGUACAUCAGAGGGCAAACAAAAACAGGGAAAAGAUCAUCCAGUCAUCAAAUUUCCCGGCUUCUGUGUUUAAUUUUUUUUUAACAAAUAAAACCAACAAUUCCUGA